CUGAAUACAUGCAGACUGCAGACCCUGUGUUGGCAUUGUUCCUGGAUUUCCUCCAGUUUUCCCUAGCCAACAGUUGGGAAAGAAAAGGUGUCCAAUAGUAUGAUCUUUUCAAGCGGGUUAAGUGGUGCGUUCUGCGGAAAUUGAAAAAGUGAAUGAAUUCAUCUGGAGGAAAAUGCCGCGAAGAAAAAGUUCGUCGAAUAGAAGUGAUUUUUCCGUCGAUAGUUUCGAUGAUGAUAUUAAUUCGUGCAACUCUCGUCUUAACCAAUCCCCUCAGCACAGAAAUGCCGCAAAUGCACGAGAGAGAGCAAGGAUGAGGGUCCUUUCAAAGGCCUUUUGUCGCCUCAAAGCGAAGCUGCCAAAUAUACCAGCUGAUACAAAGCUAUCGAAAUUAGACACAUUACGGCUAGCUAUAAUUUAUAUUCAACAAUUGAAGGCGCUGUUGGAUGGGGAACCGGCGGAUAUUUUAAUCGACUGUCAAAACUUGAUGUGGCCGCUAAUUCUGCAGCACAAACAAGACUUUCGAUCAGCUACCAAUUGCAAUCGCGGUACCACUGAUAAAGUUUAUCUAAAAAUGGGAAAUCUCGACAAUAUGAAUGUUUUACAUAAAGUAUUCCAAGAGUGUUAUUUGUAGU